CUAUUGGCCAACGUCAAAGACUCUGGUAUUCGUCCUCAACACCAUCUUUUGACUGGCUGCGGUUGUCGCUUUCCUAUUGGCCAGAGUGAUUACUUGCUCCGUCCAUUCUGGCUGACUGCUCCGGGGUGCAGGAUGUUGGUCUUGGUAUUAGGAGAUCUACAUAUCCCACAUCGCUGUAACAGUUUGCCGGCAAAAUUCAAAAAAUUGCUUGUUCCUGGUAAGAUACAACAUAUUUUGUGCACCGGGAAUCUCUGCACCAAGGAGAGCUAUGACUACCUCAAGACACUGGCUGGGGAUGUUCACAUUGUCAGAGGAGACUUUGACGAGAAUUUAAACUACCCAGAACAAAAGGUUGUGACUGUUGGUCAGUUUAAGAUUGGGCUAAUCCAUGGUCACCAAGUCAUUCCCUGGGGUGACAUGGCUAGCCUAGCAUUGUUGCAAAGGCAGCUUGAUGUAGAUAUAAUGAUUUCAGGACAUACACAGAAAUUUGAGGCGUUUGAGCAUGAAAACAAGUUUUAUAUCAACCCAGGAUCUGCCACAGGAGCCUACAAUGCAUUAGAAAGCAACAUCAUUCCUUCAUUUGUGCUCAUGGAUAUCCAAGCUUCAACCGUUGUCACAUAUGUGUACCAGUUAAUCGGGGAUGAUGUAAAAGUAGAAAGAAUUGAGUACAAGAAGACCUAAAACAAAUACCUUGAACUUUUAUUGGCCUUCAUUCCCAUUUAUUAUUUAAUCGGUCACUAGCUCUAGGCAGCUCAAUGUAAGCUUUGUACUUCUGUUUUCAAUAUAAGAACCUUUCACUUCUGCUUUAGGUUUGUUGUAAACAAUAUAGUGAUGAUUUAUUAGUUUACAUGUGUUAAAACAAGAGUGACACAAUUAAUUAAUACAUAUGUACAAAUAAAUAGACCUGUAAAUAUAACAUUAAUGUUUAACAUUCAAUUUUACCAAAAUAACAGGAUAAAUUAAAAUGGCAGAUGCUACCUUUUGUGUUUCAUUUGCUA